AGCAAAAACUCCUCAGCGAUCAGGCGGGUUGCUCCAUGUGGGUUGGCCAUUGGCCGUUGCGCUCUCUCUCUCUCUCUCUCUCUCUCUCUCUCUCUCACGAGGCGGCGGGACACUCCAUGGAUCUUACGGGCUAUUAGUUUCCCGCUGAGUUCUCUUCUUUCUCCUCCUCCUUCACCACCCUGCCUCAGUGUGUUUUGCCUUUUGGGCGCACUCCCUCAAGUUUGAGCUCAAGCGUGAGCUGCUCUCACCAUGAGCAUUUCUCCUCCUGCUGACAGGUGUCAGGCAGAAGGAGAGGAGGGAGACCCCAGGGAAGGCUGGGGAGGAAGCAGGCAAGCAGCCGCUAAAGCCCGCUGGAUGCUUCUCAGACAGGUUCUGAAGCAAAAACACUUGAAGAAUGUCCACCUUCAGCAAGUAUCAGUAAGGAGAUUUGCUUCAUUCAGUCUCUUUUCAAUAACAGAAGAAAACAGAAGAGUGACAGAUGACCCUGGAACCUGGAUUCAGUACAAAAACAUAUAUUAUCCUGAGUAUAGUAUAUCAUUAAAAUGUAACAGUGGACUAUUAAAUGUUGAAGAUGUUCUGACAAGUUUUGACAACACAGGAAAUGUUUGUAUCUGGCCUUCUGAAGAGGUACUAGCUUACUACUGCCUCAAGCACCAUGAAAUGUUCAGGGGCCUUGCUGUGUGUGAGCUAGGGGGUGGCAUGACAUGCUUGGCUGGGCUUAUGGUUGCUAUUUCUGCAGAUGUCAAAGAAGUUCUGUUAACUGAUGGAAAUGAAAAGGCCAUCAAAAAUGUAAGUGACAUAAUCAGAAGAAACCAAAAUACAGGAGUGCUUAGAGCCCAAGCAGUCUCAAGCUGCAUUUUACGAUGGGAUAAUGAGACAGAUGUCUCUCAACUGGAAGGACAUUUUGACAUUGUUAUGUGUGCUGACUGCCUGUUUCUGGACCAGUACAGAGCUAGCCUUGUGGAUGCAAUAAAGAGAUUACUCCAACCCAGUGGAAAAGCAAUGAUAUUUGCUCCGCUCAGAGGGAAUACUCUAAACCAGUUUUGUAAUAUAGCUGAAAAAGCUGGUUUCUCUGUCCAAAGACAUGAAAAUUAUGAUGAACACAUUUCAAACUUCCACUCCAAGUUGAAAAAAGAAGAAAAAGAUAUUUAUGAUGAAAACCUCCACUACCCAUUUCUUCUAAUCCUAACCAAACAUUUAUAGAAUAUGUGAUUGAUAUGUUUUUAUUCCAAAUAGUGGUAGUGCGGGGGGGGGGGGUUAGAAUAUAACCAAAGUGAUCAAAAGUUUUCAUCACUUCUUGAGAAGAGAGACCCCCAAGCCAAAUAGUAUAUCAGUCUUAGAACUUGUGUGUCUGUUUUAUUAAAAAGUAAGUCUGAUAAGACUUGAAGCCUUAAAAGAGCUCCAUUUCUCUCCACUUGUGACUAUCAUCACGCACCCAGAUUCUUCAUUUCCACAAAAACAGCCUUUCCUAUUAUAUCCGAAAGCAUAUGGUCUGUGGCUGUGUUCGACCAGCUGUAAAAUACUAACGGAUUUAUCAUUGUUUCUUGUACGUGAGGAAAGAGGUACUGGAUAAUAGUUGGACAGCCUACACAUCACAUCAUAUUCUAUAUAGCCUCAUGAUAUAUUUUGAUUUCCCCCCAUCCCUUCUCCCUUGUGCUAUUCUUGAAAUUUGCCUUCUGGGUUUUCCUUCCCCUUUCAGAGUGAAGUGCUUCAAACUUGCUUUGCUAAUGUUUUUUGACAACAGGAUUUUUUUUUUUGGUCCUUUCCCUGUAGAUGUAUAAGAAAUUACUGCCAAACCAAAGCCUCAUAAACUGACCAUUUGUCCUCUGGACACAAUGCCUUGGCCAACCCUCUGCUCCUCCUCUCCAAUUAUGUGUGAUUAGUCUCAGUGUGUUGUGUCAAGAAGGGGGAGUGUGCUGAGUACUUAUUAUCUGUUUAGGUACAAGAAGAGUGCUCUGGGUAUGAAUGAGAAGUGAGGCUUUAUCAGUACUGAAAUCUAACUGCAACUGUUCCACAGACCUCUUGUUAAAGAUAGAUCCUUGCCUGAGCAAUUUUGAAUGCUAUAGCAACUGUGGGAUUUCCUUUGCCCCAUCCCUCUCUGCCCCCCCGCCACUCACCCAAAUAUUUUCAAAUCUUAUUUAAGCUAACAUAAUUCACAUAUUUAGUUAGCAUUUACAUUCCAGAAACAAUACCUGCCUUUCAAAGCACAAGACAAUACUGUUUGGGUUUGUUUUCUCACCAAUUUUUGGAAUUGCCACUCUCAGAUGUUCACAGCCUAAAUUUUAAAAAUUAUCAAAUCCAAAUAACCUUUUUUAAAACCUGGUUUUAAAAAGGACCCCUUGCAGUAUAAAAUAUUAAUGCAGUCCACUGUGCAAUUUAUUGGUGAAAUGCAUUAAAAUAAUUACCUUUUGGUUUGCUGCUUUUCAUCUUCAUUGAACAAACAGUGGUACACAAAAGUCCUGUUCCCUUCCUUGCUCUCCUCAAAUGUGUUUCUUCACCACCAGUUUGCAUGUACUUGUAUUCAGCACUUUUUAUGCUCCAUUAGAGCACCUAUAUGGAUCCCAGAAGGCACAGGUCAAGUCGCAGUUAGAUCAUACAUUUCUUUCUCACAAAAACCUGAAUUGCAAUGCCAAGUGAUGGGCUAACAUCACAAUAACAGCAAUUUAUUCCUCUUUUGAUAAAACAGCAGUCUAUUCUCAGUGUUGGAUAAAGACCAGGGGCAAUGCAAACCAGCCAUUUAUCCUAGUAUUUCAGUGGUAGAUUUCCUUUUAUGGAUUUUAUGGAUUUCACAUUGAGACUCUUACUGCAUGGGAUUUCUGCUAAGAAAUGAUAAGAAUGCAGAGAUGGCGGAGGUUUGUUACAGAUGGAACUCUCCGUUCAAUCAGUAUGUAUUCAUAGGUACAUAUAUACCAACAAGGUAUGUAUUCAACAGAAAUCUCAUAAUAGAUAAACAAAAAUCAGCUGAAGCAUAAAUCUUCUGCAAAAGUGUUUAAAAACAGGACAAAUAAACAUGCCAACUUUAUCUGAUGACCCUGGAAAUUAUUGCUCUCUUUUUUUCCUCUGAGGAGAUAACAAGUAUAUCAAAAUGAACAACUAAUUAUUGUUGUUUGUUUCUUUUCCCUGCCUGUCAUGUCAGUACAAGCUGGUGUCUCAAAUGCAGGCUAUUAUCCCAUAAGGGUUUAAUUGAAGGGGUCUUAAGAACACGAUCCUGCAAACAUUUAUGCAUUGAGGCUGAAUGGUGAAGCUAAAUUGCUCAUGCAUAUAAUUGAUGAAAGGACUAGGGGGCCUAGACUGUAGCAUUUGCUGUUUACGAUCAUUGUAUAACAUCAACAUUUUGCUUCAUUCCUCCUUUUGGAUCCCUACUGUAAGAAAAAUAAUAGAGGUGGUAUUUUUGGAACAUGUUUUAUUGUGGGAUGCCCCUUCUGAUAUUUUCUUUUACACUAGAAUAGUUGUUGACAAACAUUUGGAUGGUGUUUCUACUUCCAAAAAUGUUAAUAAAUAUUUUUAAAAACUUACAAGCUUGCAAAAUCUGUACAUGUAACUGUAAUG